UCUAGGGAAGUUAUGAGCAUUUCAGACUCUAUGUUUCUCUAUAAAUAUCCAACAACAAAUCUUAACCUUCAUUCUCAUUCUUCACUAGCCCUUCACCAAAAUGGCUUUCUACAAUACAACAAAACACCUUCUAAGCCUCACUGCCCUAGUCUUUGUGGCUGGAGCACUGCUAAAAAAUGUGACAGCACAAAAUUGUGGCUGUGCCCCAGAUCUAUGUUGUAGCCAGUAUGGCUACUGCGGCAGCAGCGAAGACUAUUGCGGCCCGGGUUGUCAACAAGGCCCUUGUACUGGCGGUGGCGGCGGCACACCUACCACACCAAGCCCCAGUGGUGGUGGUGGUUCGUCGGUGGCUGAUAUUGUAACCCAAGAAUUCUUCAAUGGAAUCAUUAACCAGGCUCCUUCAGACUGUGUUGGGAAGAACUUCUACACUCGAGAUGGUUUUAUUAACGCUGUGAACUCAUAUUCUGACUUAGGUAGACGUGGUUCGGUUGACGAGUCUAAACGGGAAAUCGCAGCUUUCUUUGCUCAUGCGACUCAUGAGACUGGCUAUUUUUGCUUCAUAGAAGAGGACGAGGCGACUCGUGAAACCGCCUGCCAGCCAAGCACAGAGUAUCCAUGCAACCCCGACAAAAAAUACUAUGGGCGUGGACCAUUCCAAAUUACAUGGAAUUACAAUUAUGGACCUGCUGGAAAAAGCAUUGGCUUGGACCUUUUAAACUCUCCAGAAACCGUGGCCUCAGACGCUGCUGUUGCGUUCAAGACUGCCAUUUGGUAUUGGGUGGGAAAUGUUCGUUCUGUUUUAAGUCAAGGAUUUGGAGCCACAACUCGAGCCAUUAAUGGUGCUAAGGAAUGCGAUGGUAAAAGACCUGACCUAGUUCAAGCCCGGGCCGCCUUGUACCAGAGUUAUUGCAGCCAACUUAAUGUUGAUCCUGGCGCUAAUCUCAGUUGCUAGAAUGCCAAAACUUAUUAAUUAUAUAGAGAUUAUCGUUAAUUGCCCACUUUAAUAUGAUAUAUAUCAAUAUAUCAUUUUUUUUUUUUGUUUGUUCCCAAGCUAGCAUGGAAGGAGAGGACUACCUCCUGUUGUGUACUCCACCCAUUGAAUAAAAUAAAGAUUAAAUAUUUGUAUUGAA